AUAACCACGUGUCAGAUAAACUGCUACAGAAAAUUCAUUCCUCAACUCCUAAAUAUGCUGGCAACCUACGCGCCACGCUCCUUGAUAAAACCACUUUUACUUCGCUUACUUUCCCCCUUAUCUCCUCGCACAGUUUCACUAAGUCCAAGGACUACGCUUCACUUCUACUGUUGCCGGAACGGGGAGCGCGGUUUCAUCGCCAUGGCCGGAGGUAAUAUCACUGCCGGGGAAUCAUCGCCGGAACACGUUGCUGGGAAGUGGUUCUCGAUACCGGAACUUCGUCUUCGCGACCAUCGCUUCACUGUUCCUCUCGAUUACUCUAUUGAUCGCAAUGCCUCACCAAAGAUCACCGUUUUUGCUCGCGAAGUUGUUGCUGUUGGUAGAGAAGAGCAACCAUUGCCAUACCUUUUAUUUCUACAAGGUGGACCUGGUUUUGAAUGCCCACGACCAACUGAAUCCAGUGGAUGGAUACAGAAAGCAUGCGAAGAAUUUCGUGUUGUUUUGAUGGAUCAGCGAGGAACAGGUCUAUCGACUCCUUUGUCUGCGUCAUCUAUGCUGCAACUAAAGUCUGCUGAGGAUUUGGUUGACUACUUAAAACAUUUUCGAGCUGACAAUAUAGUAAAUGAUGCUGAGUUUAUCCGAGUUCGACUUGAUCCUGAAGCUAGACCUUGGACUAUUUUGGGUCAGAGCUAUGGUGGGUUUUGUGCAGUUACCUAUUUGAGUUUUGCACCACAAGGACUGAAACAAGCUCUUCUAACUGGAGGAACUCCUCCACUUGGAAAUGGAUGCACUGCAGAUUUUGUCUAUAAAGUAUGCUUCGAACAGGUUAUUCUGCAGAAUGAAAAGUAUUACAAUAGAUUUCCUCAGGAUAUUGAAAUUGUACGUGAUAUUGUGAAUCAUUUGGCAGAAUCUGAAGGAGGCGAGGUGCUUCUGCCAUCAGGGGGUAUCUUAACCCCAAGAAUAUUGCAAGCACUUGGACUUAAUGGUUUAGGAUCCAGUUCCGGUUUUGAGCGCUUACACUAUAUGUUGGAGAGGGUCUGGGAUCCUGUAAUAGUUCCAGGAGCUCCAAAACGAAUUAGUUACUAUUUCUUGAAUGCUGUUGAAAAUUGGUUAGGUUUUGAUACAAACCCACUUUUUGCUUUAAUGCAUGAGACUAUAUACUGUCAAGGUGCUUCAUCACGGUGGGCUGCUGAAAGAAUAAUGGCUGACUAUGAGGGCAAAUUUCAUCCAAUCAGGGCUGUGAAAGAAGGCCGUCCUGUGCUUUUCACAGGAGAGAUGGUUUUCCCGUGGAUGUUUGAUGAAAUUCAUGCCUUGAGACCCUUUAAAGAAGCUGCUCAUUUGUUAGCUGAGAAGAAGGAUUGGCCUCCCCUCUAUGAUGUUGUCACGCUAAAUAAUAACAGGGUACCUGUUGCAGCUGCUGUUUAUUAUGAUGAUAUGUAUGUUAACUUUAAAAUAGCUAGGGAGACAGCAUCUCAGAUAGCGGGAAUUAGGCUAUGGAUAACUAACGAAUACAUGCAUUCCGGUCUGCGUGAUGAUGGAGGACGUGUUUUUGAUCAGUUGAUGGGAAUGUUAAAGGGAAAGAAGCCUUUGUUCUGAUAUCUAUUACUGUACUGCUUUCAAUUUUUGUUAUUUAAGGUUGCAUUUUACCCAUCUCCUCAGAAUUGGUGGUUUUUGAACAUCUUAGAGCUCAAGACGAGGUUUCCAUUGUACAACACAACUUAAUCUAUUAAAAUCUAAUCUUUU